CCUUUAAACCCCGCAAAACCCUAGACUGCGCGAGAAGCCGUCCUCCAAUCCCUCGGAGAAAAGAAAGAGCAAAGCCCGAACUAUGUCGUCGGCGUACCUCGCCGCCAGGCUCCUCCGCCGCGCCGCCAGUUCGCCGCGGCUCUCCACCCUAGCCCGCCGCUGCGCCCACUCCUCAGCCACGUCUCGCCCACCCAUCGCGCUCCAUCGUCUCCACGCCGCCGCCGCUUCCUCGCCUUCAGGGAUCACCGCCCGCCGCUUCUUGGCGUCUCAGUCCCCCGUGUCCUCCUCCAAGAUCUCCGCGGACGAGAACCUCAGGCGGGUCAUCGACUCCGAGAUCGAAUGCGUCGUCGAAUCGGAGGAGGGCUCCUCGCAGCAAAUUGAUCUACCAGAAGACUUCCCUUUUGAGAUAAUCGAUAACCCUGGUGACCAAUCCAUAGUUCUCAAAAGAGAGUUUGCAGGACAGACUAUUAAAGCUACUGUAUAUACAAACUUUGAUGCUGAAGAAGAUUUGAACAAUGAUGACUCUGGUGCUGAGAACGAUGAGGAUCAAUAUAAGCCAGCAGUCCAGAUGGUUGUCACUAUUGAGAAACCAGAAGGCUCAAUCCUGGAGUUUGAGUGCAACUUUAAUGAUGAUGAACUUGCAAUUGAAAAUAUGAGGAUGCUGAAUCGGGACAGUAAUGAUAAGGAGAAUUUAUACGAGGGGCCACCAUUUUCGAUUCUAGACGAGAGCUUGCAGAAGUCGUUGCACAGGUAUCUUGAGGUGAGGGGGAUUAAGCACUCGUUGCAUGACUGGCUGACUGACUACAUGAUGGGCAAGGAUGAGAAGGAGUAUGUGGUUUGGUUGAAGAACAUGAGAGAGUUCAUUGGGAAAUGAGUACCACUACCCUUCAUCCUGUUUUAAUAGAAACAAACUUGCCUGGUGCUCUAUGUCAAACCUGUUGAUCAUAAUUGUACAAUGCUUUCUGGCACGCCCAGUCUUAUUUGGCGUUAAGCUGGCAUUAUAUGUUGCUGGACCUUUUAGCUGUAGAAAACUCUCAGCAUUCUUUGCUAUUUAACAUGUGAUCCAUUGAGGUAUGAUCAUCCAA